UUACCCUUUUUUCUUCCUGCUUUACAGGAUAAAGUCACCUUGACUGGAGUGGAGCAACACUGGAAAUGUGAUAAUGUUCACCAGCUACACCUAUGAUGGAAUGCAAUGAGUCCUUUACCCUGCUGCUCUCUGGGAAGCAGCUCAUCUACGCCAUCACUGUACCGAUCUCAACCUGCAUCAUCCUGGCAAACCUCAUCAUCAUCUUGGGUAUUGCCUUGAACCACCAGCUCCACAACACCCCCAACUACUUUUUCCUCAGCUUGCUAGUGGCUGAUGUGUGCAAUGGCGUGGCACUCCCUUUCAUACCAUUGAUGGGUCUUGACCGAGAAUUAAGUUUUAGCUCCUGCCUGGUGGCUCAUGUCAUGCCGAACUUUCUGUUCUUGGCAUUCCUUUUCAACCUGGUAAUGGUACACUAUGAGCGAUAUAUGUGUAUUGUCAAGCCUCUGCAUUACAACAACAUGUGGAUGCAUCGCCAUUUUCCCUUAGCAUUGCUUGUGGUGUGGGCACCAGCACUUAUCUAUGCAUCACUACCUGCCAUUGGGUGGAAUGACUGGGCGGGGCAAGAUUGGAGUGACUGUUGUUCAAGUACCCAAAUAUCACCAUCAAACUGUUCAAGAAGUAGAUCCACUUGUUGCUCUUACAGGCGGGUGUUUUGCAACGAAUUCAUCCUCCUGGAGGUUUAUGGACUCGUCUUACCUGCCAUUCUUGCAAUUUUAGGCAUGACAGGCCGUGUUAUGUGGAUCACCCAUGGCCAGCUGAAGGACAUAUAUCGCCUCCACCGCUCUGUGGAGCGGGGAAGCGAAGAAUCAGACCAGAAACAGAGGCUGAACCUGCGAUAUACGCGCUGCAUAGUGGUGGUAUCGCUAACGUUUCUGUUCUGCUGGGUUCCCUAUCUCAUCUAUAUGCACGUCAGCAUUGUGGCCUUGAUACGUGACAACAACUGGACCUCCACCCCUCUCAUUGUGUUGUCUUGCACUGGUAUUGGAAGCAUGGCUGUGGUGCCAUUGGUGCUCAGCCUUGCAAACAAACAGUAUACUAAACCUGCAUACAAACUUUUUCAGAAGCUCAGCGACAGGGGGAGACAGAGCAGGCAAGGAACAGAUUGCAGCGCCAUAAAAUACUGAUGACUUUCAACACUGAAAUGAUUAAAUAAUGGUACCAGUGAUGGCAGCAGUGGGCAUAAGACAAUAAUGGGGUGGCACAGUGGAUUAGUGGUUA